ACCCCAUGCAAAUGGAAGUACUCACUCUCCUACACUUUCAUUGCAUUGCAUUGAACGCAACACAAACACAAACACAUGGCUUCCUCGUUGUUCUUCUUUCUAACGUUGCUUCUCCUCUCCGUUAUCUCCGCCGUCACCCCCUGCCCGCCGUCAGAACGGGCAGCACUCUUGGCCUUCAAAGCUGCCCUGAUCGAACCCUACUUGGGCAUCUUCAACACAUGGUCGGGCACUGACUGUUGCCGGAGCUGGUAUGGCGUCGCCUGCGACCCCACCACUGGCCACGUCACCGACGUCAGCCUCCGCGGUGAGUCCCAAGACCCAAUGUUCCAGAAGCUUGGCCGCUCCGGCUACAUGACCGGAAAAAUCUCGCCGGAGAUUUGUAACCUUAGCAACCUCACCACCCUCGUCGUCGCUGACUGGAAGGCCGUCUCCGGCGAGAUCCCCGCCUGCGUCGCCUCGCUUUACUCUCUCCAAAUCCUGGACCUUUCCGGUAAUCGCAUCUCUGGCGAGAUUUCAGCCGACAUCGGAAACCUCCGGAGUCUCACCCUAUUGAGUCUGGCCGACAAUGAGAUCUCCGGCAAGAUCCCCACGUCAGUCGUGAAGCUCAUCAGACUCAAGCAUCUGGACCUCAGCAACAACCAACUCAGUGGCGAGAUACCCUAUAAUUUCGGGAAUCUGGCCAUGUUGAGUCGGGCGUUGCUGAGUGGGAACCAACUAACCGGUUCGAUCUCCAAAUCCGUGUCCAAAAUGAAGCGGCUUGCGGACUUGGAUGUAUCAUCGAACCGGUUGACCGGUUCAAUCCCAGUGGAGUUGGGAAAAAUGAGAGUCCUCUCUACUUUGAAAUUGGAUGGUAAUUCUAUGACGGGUCCUGUACCCUCCACUUUAUUGAGCAAUACGGGUAUGGGUAUUUUGAACCUUAGCCGAAAUGGGUUUUCGGGUACCAUACCCGAUGUUUUUGGGUCGGGUUCUUAUUUUAUGGUACUUGAUUUGUCGUUCAAUAACUUUUCGGGUCGGAUACCUGGUUCGUUAUCCGCAUCCAAGUUCAUGGGGCAUUUGGAUCUGAGCUACAACCACUUAUGUGGAACCAUCCCAAUUGGGUCUCCGUUUGAACACCUUGAUGCGGCGUCGUUUAGUAACAAUGAUUGUUUGUGUGGAAACCCCUUGAAGGCUUGUUGAUGGGUGACCCGAAUAAGUACGUAUUGGGUUGUUGUCGGUGAAUAUUCCAAGAUAUAAUGAUUUGGUUAUAGUGAAGGAGCCCAAGUGUGAUUUUAAUUUUAUGUGAUAGUAUUCUGUCAUGUGAACUGUGAUGUAAUGUAAUAUAUUUAGGGCAAGUUGAAAUGGACAAAAAGUUAUGAGGGUGCUCCUGGUUGCAUGUGCAUACAAGUGAGCAUAGGUCAAGAAAGUUCUGAAUAUGCUUUGUGUUGCAUGUGGGUUUCAGAGCUGCAUGUGAGUUUAAGAGCUGGAUAUAACGUGAAAGAUUUGGAUCAUGACUCCAUUUCCUAGCUUUGUCUUUUGAUUCUACAACCAAAGUCCACCAUAUUUUGGAAAAAAAAUUAUAAUGCGAUCAUCCCAAUGCUACAA